AGCGGCGAGUCAACAUGGAGCUCUCGGCGGUGGGGGAGCGGGUGUUCGCGGCCGAAGCCCUCCUGAAGCGGCGCAUUCGCAAAGGACGCAUGGAAUAUCUCGUGAAAUGGAAGGGCUGGUCGCAGAAGUACAGCACGUGGGAGCCUGAAGAAAAUAUUCUUGAUGCUCGCCUCCUUGCAGCCUUUGAAGAAAGGGAACGGGAGAUGGAGCUCUAUGGUCCCAAAAAGCGAGGACCCAAGCCUAAAACCUUCCUUCUCAAGGCCCAGGCCAAGGCAAAGGCCAAAACCUAUGAAUUCAGAAGCGACUCUACCAGAGGCAUCCGGAUCCCUUACCCAGGCCGCUCUCCCCAGGAUUUGGCAUCUACUUCUAGGGCCCGAGAGGGCCUUCGGAACACGGGGCUACCCCCACCAGGGAGCAGUACCAGUACCUGCAGGGCAGACCCACCUCGGGACAGAGACCGAGACCGGGAUCGAGAACGGGACAGGGGUACCAGCCGUGUAGAUGAGAAGCCCAGCUCACCGGGGGACAGCUCCAAGAAACGAGGACCCAAGCCCAGGAAGGAGCUCCUAGACCCUUCACAGAGACCUUUGGGAGAGCCCAGUGAUGGCCUUGGAGAAUACCUCAAAGGCAGGAAGCUGGAUGAGACCCCCUCUGGGAUAGGAAAGUUCUCAGCUGGCCACAGCGUGAUCCAGCUUGCUCGGAGGCAGGACUCAGACCUGGUACAAUACGGUGUGACCAGUCCUAGCUCGGCGGAGGCCUCGGGCAAGUUGGCUGCGGACACCUUUCCAGCCAGGGUGAUAAAGCACCGGGCUGCUUUACUGGAGGCCAAAGGUCAAGGUGCCCUGGACCCUGGUGGGACCAGGGUCCGACAUAGUUCAGGCACCCCGGGCUCAGUGGGAAGCCUGUAUCGGGACAUGGGGGCUCAAGGGGGAAGGCCCUCCCUCAUCGCCAGGAUCCCAGUGGCCAGAAUCCUGGGGGACCCGGAGGAAGAGUCCUGGAGCCCCUCUCUGACUAACCUGGAGAAGGUGGUCGUCACAGACGUGACCUCAAACUUUUUGACCGUCACCAUUAAGGAGAGUAACACGGACCAAGGCUUCUUUAAGGAGAAAAGAUGAAUUCCUGAGGGUGGGGAGCUCAGGACCAGAGCAGGGGAGAGUGAGCUCAAACGGCUUAGUGCUUUUUAUCUCUGGGUGACUGUGGCCUCUGGCUGGUCCUGCCCUUCUUCACACCUGCACCCCCUUCCCUUUCAUUCCUCCUUCCUCGGUUCUGGUUGGAAAAUUAUCUCUAGAGUUCUAUUUUCUAUUAGAUGUAAAUAUGUUAUUUAAGAAAAAAAUCUAAAUAUAUAUAUUUCAACUCUU